UCUAUCAUUACAAAAAACACACAAAUUAGCAUCCCUCGUAAAGACCAUUUUUAAAAAACUCAAGUUGCUAUGGCUGAUCAUUUUAUUAAUUCACCAUUUUCUUUAUUUAAUAUUGAUUCGAGUAUGGAUUUCAUGAACCAGUUUCCAGAGAUAAUCAACCCUUGUUCCUCUGAAUUGUCAAGCUUCAAUUUACAGAGCUCAAUGGAAUUUUCCCAUGAAAAUGUUUUCACUCAAGUAGCUGAAUUUCCAGGAAAUUUACAGGAAUAUUUUCAAGAAAAUUUUCAUCAAGAUGAUAAGAUUAAUGCCUCAGUAGUACCUUGCGGUAUGGUGCCUAUCAAUGAAAGCAAAAAGAGGAAAACAAUUGAUACACCAGAAAGCAGUUCAGCAUAUUCAUCCCCUGCAGUUUCUGCUAAUGGAACUAAAAGAAGAAGUAGUAAAAGAAGAGGAAACAGAGUGAAAAGUAGUGAUGAAAAGGAAGAAGAGAAACCAAAGGAAGUGGUCCAUGUUAGAGCCAAAAGAGGCCAAGCUACUGAUAGUCACAGCUUAGCAGAAAGGGUUAGAAGAGGAAAAAUUAAUGAAAAACUUAGGUGCUUGCAAGAUAUUGUUCCAGGAUGCUACAAGACAAUGGGCAUGGCGGGAAUGUUGGAUGAAAUAACUAAUUACGUACAAUCUUUGCAAAAUCAAGUGGAGUUCCUUUCCAUGAAGCUUACAGCAGCAAGCUCAUACUACGACUUCAACUCAGAGUCGGACAUUCUCGUGUCAAUGCAGAGAGCAAAGGCAUUCGAAGCACUAAAAAUGCAAAAGAGCAAAAAGGAAUUAGGAUGUGAAGGGUUGUCUUCUAAUCAAGCUGGACCGUAUGACCAUAAUUUUGGCAGUUAUCCCCUGUUGCCAUACAAAAACUGAAUAUUCUCCCCAAUUUCCCCCCUUUUUCUGAUCAAUUUACAUCAAAAUUUUCCCACUUGGUGCUAUACCUUUGUAAUAUUUGUACUCAUGGAAAAUUCAGAAAAUUAUAUUAAUAUACUUGUAUCAAAGGCUCACGCAGA